GCGGAGCAGCCGGGCGGGAGCGGCGUAGGCGCGGGGGUCACCAGCCAGGGCAAACUGGGACAUGGACCCGCCUGGCCAGGGCCUGGGGCCCGGUCGCGGGACCCGGGACAAGAAGAAGGGCCGAAGCCCGGACGAGCUGCCUGCGGCGGGCGGCGACGGCGGCAAAUCCAAGAAAUUUACUUUGAAGCGGCUCAUGGCAGAUGAGCUGGAGAGAUUUACCAGCAUGAGAAUUAAGAAGGAAAAGGAAAAGACCAAUUCUGCUCAAAGAAAUUCAUCUGCAUCUUAUGGGGAUGAUCCCACAGCACAGUCAUUGCAAGAUGUUUCAGAUGAGCAAGUGCUCGUUCUCUUUGAACAGAUGCUGCUGGAUAUGAACCUGAAUGAGGAGAAACAGCAACCUUUGAGGGAGAAGGACAUUAUCAUCAAGAGAGAGAUGGUGUCCCAAUACUUGCACACCUCUAAGGCUGGCAUGAGCCAGAAGGAGAGCUCUAGGUCUGCCAUGAUGUACAUUCAGGAGUUGAAGUCAGGCUUGCGGGAUAUGGCCCUGCUCAGCUGCCUGGAGUCUCUUCGUGUUUCUCUCAACAACAACCCUGUCAGUUGGGUGCAAACAUUUGGUGCUGAGGGCCUAGCCUCCUUAUUGGACAUCCUUAAACGACUUCAUGAUGAGAAAGAAGAGAUUUCUGGAAGCUAUGAUAGCCGUAACAAGCAUGAGAUCAUUCGCUGCUUGAAAGCUUUUAUGAACAACAAGUUUGGAAUCAAGACUAUGUUGGAGACAGAAGAGGGAAUACUGCUGCUGGUUCGAGCCAUGGAUCCUGCCGUCCCGAACAUGAUGAUUGAUGCGGCUAAGCUGCUCUCUGCUCUCUGUAUCCUACCACAGCCAGAGGACAUGAAUGAGAGGGUUUUGGAGGCAAUGACAGAAAGAGCUGAGAUGGAUGAGGUGGAACGUUUCCAGCCGUUGCUGGAUGGAUUAAAAAGUGGGACCUCCAUUGCACUCAAGGUGGGUUGCCUACAGCUGAUCAAUGCCCUCAUCACACCAGCUGAAGAACUUGAUUUCCGAGUUCACAUCCGAAGUGAACUGAUGCGCUUGGGACUGCAUCAAGUGUUGCAGGACCUUCGAGAGAUUGAUAAUGAUGAUAUGAGAGUACAGCUAGCUGUGUUUGAUGAACAAGGGGAAGAAGAUUCCUAUGAUCUAAAGGGACGUUUGGAUGACAUUCGUAUGGAGAUGGAUGACUUCAGUGAAGUGUUCCAGAUUCUCUUAAACACAGUGAAGGAUUCAAAGGCAGAGCUAUACUUCCUGUCCAUCCUGCAGCACCUGCUCUUGGUCCGAAAUGACUAUGAGGCCAGACCACAGUACUAUAAGUUGAUUGAAGAAUGUAUUUCCCAGAUAGUUCUGCACAGGAAUGGGGCUGAUCCUGACUUCAAGUGCCGGCACCUCCAGAUUGAUAUUGAGGGGUUGAUUGAUCAAAUGAUUGAUAAAACAAAGGUGGAGAAAUCUGAAGCCAAAGCUACAGAGCUGGAGAAAAAGCUGGACUCAGAGUUAACAGCCCGACAUGAGCUACAGGUAGAAAUGAAAAAGAUGGAAAGUGACUUUGAGCAGAAGCUCCAGGACCUUCGAGGAGAGAAGGAAGCAUUGGAUACUGAAAAGCAGAACAUUGCCACAGAGAAACAGGACUUGGAAGCAGAGGUGGCUCAGCUCACAGGAGAGGUUGCCAAACUGUCAAAGGAAUUGGAAGAUGCCAAGAAAGAAAUGGCUUCUCUUUCUGCUGCAGCAGUUCUUGUAGUCUCUCCUGUACCCAGCAGUGAUAGCAUUCCCCCUGCCCCUCCUUUACCUGGUGACUCUGGAGCUGUUAUUUCAAUGCCACCUCCCCCUCCCCCUCUUCCUGGUGGUCCUGGAAUCCCUCCACCCCCUCCUUUUCCUGGAGGCCCCUGCAUUCCCCCACCUCCACCUGGAAUGGGUAUGCCUCCACCUCCCCCCUUUGGAUUUGGAGUUCCUGCAGCCCCAAUUCUGCCAUUUGGAUUAACUCCAAAGAAGCUUUACAAGCCAGAAGUGCAGCUCCGAAGGCCAAAUUGGUCCAAGCUUGUUGCUGAGGACCUCUCCCAAGAAUGCUUCUGGACAAAGGUGAAGGAGGACCGCUUUGAGAACAAUGAACUUUUCGCCAAACUUACCCUUUCCUUCUCUGCCCAGACCAAGACUUCCAAAGCCAAGAAGGAUCAAGAAGGUGGAGAAGAAAAGAAAUCUGUGCAAAAGAAAAAAGUAAAAGAGUUGAAGGUGUUGGAUUCAAAGACAGCCCAGAAUCUCUCAAUCUUUUUGGGUUCCUUCCGAAUGCCCUAUCAGGAGAUUAAGACUGUCAUCCUGGAGGUGAAUGAGGCCGUUCUGACUGAGUCUAUGAUCCAGAACCUUAUUAAGCAGAUGCCAGAGCCAGAACAGUUAAAAAUGCUUUCUGAACUAAAGGAUGAAUAUGAUGACCUGGCUGAGUCAGAGCAAUUUGGCGUAGUGAUGGGUACUGUUCCCCGACUGCGGCCUCGCUUGAAUGCUAUCCUCUUCAAGCUACAAUUCAAUGAGCAAGUGGAGAAUAUCAAGCCAGAAAUUGUUUCUGUGACUGCUGCAUGUGAGGAGUUACACAAAAGUGAGAGCUUCUCUAACCUCCUGGAGAUUACCUUGCUUGUUGGAAACUAUAUGAAUGCUGGCUCCAGGAAUGCUGGAGCCUUUGGCUUCAAUAUUAGCUUCCUCUGUAAGCUUCGAGACACCAAGUCCACAGAUCAGAAGAUGACAUUGUUACACUUUUUGGCUGAGUUGUGUGAGACUGACUAUCCUGAUGUCCUCAAGUUUCCAGAUGAACUUGCCCAUGUGGAGAAGGCCAGCCGAGUUUCUGCUGAGAACUUGCAAAAGAACCUAGAUCAGAUGAAGAAACAAAUUUCUGAUGUGGAACGUGAUGUUCAAAAUUUCCCAGCUGCCACAGAUGAGAAAGACAAGUUUGUUGAAAAAAUGACUAGCUUUGUAAAGGAUGCACAGGAGCAGUAUAACAAGCUGCAGAUGAUGCAUUCUAACAUGGAGACCCUCUAUAAAGAGUUGGGCGACUACUUCCUCUUUGACCCCAAAAAAGUAUCUGUGGAAGAAUUCUUCAUGGACCUAAACAACUUUAGGAAUAUGUUUUUGCAAGCAGUCAAGGAGAACCAGAAGCGGCGGGAGACAGAGGAAAAGAUGCGGCGAGCAAAACUAGCCAAGGAGAAGGCAGAGAAGGAGCGGCUGGAGAAGCAGCAGAAGAGAGAGCAACUCAUAGACAUGAAUGCAGAGGGCGAUGAGACAGGUGUGAUGGACAGUCUUCUAGAAGCCCUGCAGUCGGGUGCAGCAUUCCGUCGGAAGAGGGGACCCCGUCAGGUCAACAGGAAGCCUGGAUGUGCAAUGACAUCUUUGCUAGCCUCGGAAAUGACCAAGGAAGAUGCCAUGACUGCUGUUCCUGCCAAGGUGCCCAAGAAGAGUGAGGGAGUCUCCACAGUCCUGGAGGAAACUAAGGAAUUGAUUGGCCGUGCAAGCUAA